CUUUUUUUUCCCAUAAUAAAAAGGAAACAAAACCGCCCGUCCGCACGACCUCCUCCUUCUCCCGCACGACCUCCUCAUCCUCUCGCGCCGUUCGCCUCGCGCCGCCGCACCCUUCACCGCCGCCUCGCGGCGCCAGAGGCGGCCGCGGGUUGCCGGGAGCCUCCCUAGCCGCGGGAGCCCGCCCCGCCGCGCCUUCAUCGCCGCCUCGCGUCGCCGGAGCCACGGGAAGCGACUGCGGGUCGCCGGGAGCCCGCCCCCGCCGCGGGUCGCCGGGAGCCUCCCCAGCCGCGGGAGCCCGCCCCGCCGCGCCUUCACCGCCGCCUCGCGUCGCCGGAGCCACGGGAAGCGGCUGCGGGUCGCCAGGAGCCUGCCCCCGCCGCGGGUCGCCGGGAGCUUCCCCAGCUGCGGGAGCCCGCCCCGCCGCGCCUUCACCGCCGCCUCGCGUUGCCGGAGCCAUGGGAAGCGGCUGCGGGUCGCCGGGAGCCCGCCCCCGCCGCGGGUCGCCGGAAGCCGCGCCCUUGGUCGCGGGCCGCCGUUCCUCCCGCUCCUUUCGCUGCGCCCCAGUCUGCCCCGUCGCCCUGGUCCUCUUCUGCUUCCCGGUGGCCAAGUGCGAGCGUAGAAGCAAGCAAUGUUUGCGUGUUUCAACCAAAGGGAUUGAGCAACUUCACCAGUAAGACGUAUAAAUGCCCCAACAAAGGUGAAUUUUCUGAGUAAUACGGUCCUUCUAUCAGAGGUGAAUUUUCUGAGUCAUGCUUCAUGAUGUCUAAUAUUUACUCUCUCACUUUCGCUUCGGUACAACCCUCCUAAACACAUCAACGGAGGAGAUUUCUUCAUACCCCUUUAUAAUAAAGGGUAUGAUGAUCUUUUUUUAAAAUACGUCAGCGACGUUUUUUUUUAAGACAGCUCGCGAAAAUAAACAGCGGCUAACAGUAGCCUGGGCCGGCCCAACAGCAAGUCGGUCUAUCUGAAACACUGGAAAAUCCUAAAAACAUGUGCACGCGUCAGGUAUUGAACAUAGGACCUUGCACUCUCAGGAAAAUGAGCCAACCACUAGACUGACCCAACUAUAAUAACAAAGGAGCAGCGCGGUAUCUUAAGACUAUUAACAGCGACAUAGCUGAACAAUUUUUUAGAAUUUUGAACGUGACUUUUUUGAACGCAAAAGAAAUUCAAAAUUGAUUUUUUUAACAUGCAUACAAAUUUUCCGAAAAGUAGAACAGAGUUUAAACUCUGAAUAAAUUUUGAAAACCAAGAUUUUUUUUAAAAUUCAGAAUAAUAUUUGGAAAUACAAACAAUUUUAAAAAUCUGAUUUUUUUUCUAAAAAUGCGACCAUUUUUUGAUAUUUUCGAACUUUUUGAAAAAUAUGAAUAAAUAAAUAAAUAUGCUGCACAUUUUGUAACAUUGCGAUAAAUAUGAAUAAAUAUGGUCACCCUAGUACUCCACGCAAAAAUUGAAUGAAUUCGGACAGUAAACAUACAUUGCGUCACGUGCGGUAAGUAUUUUAGGGACUUUCCACUGAGAAAACCCUAGAAAAUGCAUAGAAUAACAAAAAAUAAUAAAACUUGGCAUGGAUGCUUGCCAUGAUGAUAGAAUACUACGGGAAAUAAUUGGAUCCACUUGAUGGAUGUGAAAAAAUGCUACGUGACAAAAAAUGCGUCACAGGACAAAUAAUACAAGAACCAAAAAAAGUUAAUUUUAAAACAAUACAACAGUCAUCAAUGCUCUCAUUUUGAAGAAUACGAACUGUUUGUAUGAACCUUCCUAGUUCGAAACUAGUGAAUAUUCAUGGUAGCAGUCCAUAUCCUAAACAAAGAGUACAUUGAAGACCGAUGCUUAUGACAAGCAGAGGAAAUGGCUAUUUCCUUCUCAUUCAUCUUUCCUCUCGCUCGGACAUAGAUUGUUCGCACAAGUUUUUGGAAAAAAAUCAUGGGUUUUAGAAAAAGUUUGUAAAAAUUGAGACAGGUUCGUGGAUCUGAAAAUCGUUCAUGUAUUUGAAAAAAAAUCAGUGAUUUCAGAAAAAGUUCACAAGUUUAAGAAAUUAGACACGGACUUAAAACACCGUUCACGAAUUUAUGAAAAUUUCUGGAUUUUAGAAAAAUUUCGUGAAUUUUAGAAAGGAAAAGAAAAUGAAAAAAGAGAAGAAGAUCGAGAAAAAAACAGUAGAAAAUUGGCUAGACAAAACCGGAAAAAAAAAUUAAACAAGGCGUUGCCUUUCUUGUUUACGUCACGUCUGAGGGCACAGCUGCGGCCGAGAAACAUUUGUAGAACGCAUGGGUACAUAGGUUGUUCACGAGUUGUUUAUAGCAUAAGAAUAAGAAAAGUUCUAGUCUGUACGCCAGCAUCAGCUCUACCACUUGGUUAGUGCACUGUAUGAAUACAAUGUGGUAAUGAGUUCGAAUCACACUACCCGCAUCUGUUUUGAAUAUAAAAAAAUAUAUUAAUGGGCCAACCUGUGGGUGUUAGCACAUAAAUGGGCUCCUCGUACGUACGGCGUGCAACUAUAUUGUCCUUUAUACGUUUUGGAGGGGGGUUGUACCGAAGCGGGACUCCCUACUCUCUUUGUACCAACUAUCUUCAAGAAAGUCAUAUGGCCCAGAUAAAAAAUUCCUAUUCACCUAGAUUUAAAUUUGAUCAAAGUUAUUUCUCACAAGAGGCAUAAGGGUUUUCUACCUAACCUUCUCACCCUUCCUAAGUAUCCAGGUAUAAUUUUGUUCUGUGGUUGCGAUGUGCUAUCCACGGUAUGAUAAUGGUUCUAGAAGCAUUUCUUGCUCCAGGAUCUGAAUUGUGGAUGUUUAAUGAGGUGGCAGAGAAGAAGAGGGAGAAAAACUGACUGAUGAUAGUAUGGAUAUUUUUGGACUAACAAACAUUAAAUUGUACACAAAGAAGGGAAUGUUUUCAUCAGGCGGCACUUAGAAAGCUUGCCUCUUGAGACCUUUGAUUCUAUGAGUCGGUGGAGGACUCCAUUGUACAAUUAGAUUCAUGGUGCUUAGCUACACUUCUUCUAAUUCAUGACGUUUCAUGCGAGCAACAAGCAGCCUGGCUGUGACAUACUGUAUAACUGACAGUGCGCAGGUAACCCAAACGUCUUCCGUUGAAGGAGUCAAAAUCACAUCUACGUCACAAUGGCGUUUGUCACAGCUCCUGGAUUCGGGAGAUGUAGCAUGUACUGGAGAAAUCGAUAACAAUUUCACUGGACUCGAGAACAAUAAACCUUGUGUCUGUCUCCAAAUUCAGCGAUAACGUUCUGUCAAAUGAACUUGUUAGUAUUUCAUUAUCCAUGGUGGCAGAAGACAAGCAAAUCGACAGUGUUUCUCGAGGAACUCUUCGUUGAGGAGGAAAACAAGGUGUGCAUAUGGUCUGCUGAGUUACCUGUACGGACAAGAGGAGUUGAGCUUCCUUGACAUAAUGGCCAGGGCUCGUGAGAGAGACGAGAUUGUGACCGCCUCCAUUCGCCGCCGUCCGGGCAGCACGACCUUGCCGCCCCUCGCUCCUCGCCGCCGUCAGCAACACCAUGGCUGAACCUGCUGCCCCUCGCUCCUCGCCACCGUCCGCAGCAACACCACGACCCUGCCGCCCUGUGGUCCUCGCCGCUGUCCGCAAGCCCGCACGGUCCAGCCGCCUCUUGGUGCCGGUCUUGGAGUUCGUUAACUGCAUCGCACCGUCCUGCCGCUCUGAAGGUUUGUCGCCCGUAGAAAUUUGAGGGAGAUUCACUGCUUUGUUGCUUCAAAAUAUGUCAAAUUAGGCCAUCAAUUCAAGUCAGACCAGUGAAUACAUUGGUUCCAUACUGCUGCCUUUAUACUAAUUUUUUUAGUUGCACAUGCCUCACACAGCAUGCACAUGCCUGAUGGACUGAAACUUUACACCUCCUGCAGUAAUGUGUCUUCUUCACUUAAAUGCAAACAAGUUCAGAUUAAUCCUUUUUGGAGUUCGCCUCUUAAUAAAUUUGGAUUACGAUGUAGUUAGUUCUGUUACUAAGUGUAGUUUGCUGCCCGGACGGCGGCGAACAGAGGCGGUCACAAUCUCGUCUCUCUCACGAGCCCUGGCCAUUAUGUCAAGGAAGCUCAACUCCUCUUGUCCGUACAGGUAAAACUCAGCAGACCAUAGUUUUGGCUUGUGUAGAGUAUCUGGUACUAAGUGUAUCCUGGAGUUCCACGAGUGGAAGCAGGUGGAGCCUAAGGGAAAGCCGCUUACGCAGGUCUGGUUGCGGUUUACAGGGGCUCCAUCUAAGCCUCUGCAGGACGCUCGAGUGGUGGCUAGUAUGGGAAUCAUGGUGGGGAAGACAGAAAAAGUGGAUAUGGCUUUCACACGUGCCCAUGGGGUGGCCCGGCUAUUAGUGAGUGUUCUGGAUAUUGAGUUCGUGCCCGAUAAGGUCAACUAGACCUACAGGGAGAGGUGUUCCCGCUAGACAUCGAAUUUGAGGACACUGCUUUAUUUGAUGAUGCGAUUAAUGGUAACGAUGUUGACAUGCACGACAGUGAUGGCAAUGCCGGGGCCGAGGGGGCACCGUCAGAUGAGCCCACACGCGAGGGGUCUAAUGGUUCUUCUCAGUUGCCUGGGGAUGGGACCGGGGUUGAGCCUGCAGUUUCCCCAGCGGUGCCCAUGACUACUCUGUGUUUUGGGUCCUUUGAGCCAGCCUCGGCACCUCCCAGACUAUGGAGUGACCGGGUAGAUUCUGAUGAUUCUCUGGAGCACACGCUCCCCCCGUUGGAGUUCGAGGGGGAUGCUGGAUUGUUUGCUGGAUGGCCGGCAAGGUCUUUGGUCGGAGCUACGGAGAGGAGUCCGGAGGGAGCUUCUCUUGUCCUGGCGCCUCACGUGGACGCGACUUCGGUGUCGGCGUCUACGGGCAAGAUGGGUCGUGGGGAAGGAGCUUCGGGGCAGGUGGCCUCGCCUUCUCCCAACCCCAUCCCGAUCUCGGUGGCGUCGGUGACGCUGGCCCCAUGUGGGUCGGCCGGUGCGGGGAGCGGGAGCCCGAGGCAGGCGGCCUCGGCUCCUGCUUCCCCGACGGUGGCGGUAACCACCGCGGCAGCAGCUGCGUUGGGGGGGGGGGGGCUGGGGCAGGAGGCCUUGGCUCCUCCUUCGCUCUCGAUGAUCAGGAGGACCGUCUCUCCUUCGCCGAUGGCUCAUACGUCUGAGCCGGCGGCUGAGGUCGGAGGAGCGGCCCGCGCCAUCUCCUCUUCGCUCCUACCCAUGGUCGGGGUCCCUAGUGUGGGACUCCCGUCUAAGGGGAUCGGGAGCCCGCAGACGCCUUCUCUGGUAACCCCGGUAGAGCCUUUGAGGGACUCUGUGCCAGGUGUUACUAGGGAGGAGGUUGUCGCGUUUGGCGGGAUCCCGGACCCUAUCGCCGAGGGGAGACGGAUGAGUGCCCGCAUCCUCGACAUCCCCGAGGUGGAUGAUAUGCAGCAGCGGUGCGCUAUGAGGGCGGCCAAGCUUCAGGAGGCUGCUUUGUCUUCCGGUAUGUCCGUCAACCUAUCUAAUUCCUUAUUGCAUUUUUCUAAUGAGGAGAUUAUAAAUAAUGCAAACCAAUUAGGAGUUUCACUAGGUGCUAUGGAUAGUGAGAUUACCAAUUCGGUGAAUGAUUUAUUAGAUUUGGAGGCGGAACGUGCCUUAGAGACUAUUCGUAAUCUUGCAGCCGUUAAACCAAUGAAGGAUGAUGAGAUUGAUGCGUUAGGGGUCAGAGUGCUAGAUAAUCUGUGUGCGGAUUUAGCACCACCCAAUCAUGACUCUGAGGAAGAUGAUGUACCCCUAGAGAAUGAUGAUAGUAAUAUUUGUGAACCCGGUUAUGAGGACCGGGCGACAAAGCCUAGUAAACCUAAGCGUAAGUGGAAACGAAAGAUCUAUCCCGAUUCCGCAGUUCGUAGGAGUGCUAGGAUUCGAACCACUAAAAAAUUCCAUGAUGAAUUAUGAGAGGAAUAUUUUGUAAUAGCAGAGGUCUGAAGGACUUGGCUAAAAGAAAAUUCCUUGCCGAGGCAGCUUUAGAGCAGAGGUUAGAUUUUGUUGCUCUAUCGGAGACGGGUAGAGAUAACUUUGCACCCCAGUUUCUCUCUUCUCUGGUGGGUGGUAUUGAUUUUGAUUGGCAUUGCCUCCCUCCGCGAGGAAGGUCAGGUGGUAUCUUACUAGGUGUGGGAUGCGAUUCGCUUGAAGUCCGAAGUGUAGUGAUGGGCGACUUCGCGGUGAAGUUUCGAGUCAGGUCUAGGAUAGAUGGUUUUAACUGGGCUUUG